AUUCUAAGGUUCCAAUACAGGCAAGUAUGGAUGCAAAUACGGAAGAGCAAGGGACCGAGAACACCCAAGAAGUGAAGGUCCCAAUCGAAGCUAUUCGCGUUAUAGAUCCCGCGGUCAUUGCUAAUCUUCCCCACGGGACCCGAGUCUUGACGAUCGCUGCCCAUGGUGCUAGUUUCUGGACCCGUACAGCCCGUCUCGAUGUCGAGGAGAAUGGGACGCGCAAGGCGUAUUUCCUCAAGACUACGUAUGGAGAAACAGGCAGGGAGAUGAUGUCGAGCGAGUUUGCGUGUAUGUCCAGGGUCCGCAGCGUCAUGCCAGAUCUCGUGCCCGCGCCCAUCGGAUGGGGAACGUAUGUUGGGAUGCCAGAUGUGCAUUUCCUUCUGUGCGAGUUCCGUCCCAUGACGGGUGACGUCCCCGCUGCCGUGGAUCUUGCUGGAAAGAUUGCGGAGUUACACCGUAAGAGUAGCGUCGGCGGUGCGAAAGCGAAAUUCGGGUCUGACGUACCGACGUUCCACGGGAAUGUGCGUGUCGACCACGGCUGGUCUCACUUCUGGGAAGAGUAUUUUGCGAGGACAACAUGGUCCCUCUUUGAGCUUGAGCUGAAGACUCGGGGAGACGAUACAGAUGUCAUAUCGAACUUAGUACCUCUUUUCGAAAAGGUCAUACCGCGGCUCCUCAGGCCAUUGCAGAUGGGUAAUCACUCUAUCCAACCAUGCCUCAUCCAUGGGGAUCUAUGGGACGGCAACACGGGGAGUGACGCAGAAACUGGCGUUUCUAUCAUUUUCGAUGCGGCUUCAUUCUAUGCUCAUAAUGAAUAUGAACUCGGUGUUUGGCGACAGCCGUGGAAUAAGAUAAACAAGUCCUACCGAGAAGAAUAUUAUAAGCACUUCCCUAAGUCGUGGCCCGAGGAAGAUUGGGACGAUCGGAAUGCCUUAUAUGCGAUUCGAGUUAAUCUCCUUGAUUCCAUACUAUACAAGGACGACCCGAGUUAUCGGCAUAUGUUGAUUUCGGGUAUGCGCGAGCUCGUCGACAAGUUUCCUGGUGGUUUCCAAGAAUGGGAAGCCUCGCAGACGAAGGGGGACGCCGAAUCGACAUAGUUGCGUCGUAUUUCUUCUUUAUAAUCGCACCUUUUAAACAUCUGGAAAUACGACAUCGUACGGCCACAUACCUACCUAGGUACCUAAUCACCUCGCGAUAUCUGAUACUACAUACAAAGCGAAUAU